AACAUGGCUCUGAGGCUUUCAAGACAACUUCUAUAUUAGGUGGUAUUUUCUUUGUAUCCAAGUCUCUUUUGGGAAUUCAAGGACAAAAGAAACUUGACAAAUUUGCAAUUUUGUCCUGAAAGCUUCAGAGCUAUGCUAGAAUAUUGAUAAUUAUAUCGAACGUGGCCUUUUCAACCAGAAGUGUGACAUUUUCAGGGCCAAAAGAGAUUGCAGGUUUCAAUCCUACCCAAGGUCAAAGAAUUUACUUUCGCCUUGUGUGGUCCCCACAUUUCCUUUCUAGGGCUACACGCAGAAAGAAACACUUGGCUUGAUUUCCAGCACUCCAAAUUACUUCAGAGUUACUUUCCAGUUUUUUAUGCUUUGAUCGGUUUUUUAACUUACAUCUGUACAGGAAUUAAUAACUUUAGUGAUGAGCUACUUUGUCACUUCACAAAGUCUUCUUUAAAGGUUGUUUCAACUCAUGCAAAACUCCCAGAGAACACGUUAUGUGAAAUCAAUUUUACAAUCAGCGUUUUUCGCAUGUUACAUAGAACAAAAUUCUUAAUUUCACCCUAAGAAAGCUUGACAUGCAUGUGUUUUAGAGCUACCGGCAAAAUAGAACUAAUUAGGAGACAAACCUGACAAUUCGCUAUCUUGUCCGCCUAUUCCUUGGCGUUCCCUUCUUCGCCGCUGGAGACGAUCACGUAGGCUUUCUUGCCGGCGUUUGUGCUCUUGAAUUUCGGUCCAAGUAUCAGACAUUUUUCCAACUUUCUGAGCUGAGAGCGCACAGAAAUAUCGAGCUUAGUAGCCUGGCUCCAUGUCUUUUUGCUUAGUGGCCAGGCCUUCCUCUCCUAAACACCGAAGUAACAGAAAGUCAUGGAGAAUUACAUUUCGAUCCUUGAAAAUUUAGACUCUCACAAGGAAGAAAAUGCUGUGAAGGCACUUCAGCAGUUUUGUUCUGAGAACGAAAAGACGUUCACUUUCUUCCACAUAGAUACUAACCUUAGGAAGAAAUUCAUUGAUGUGAUUCUCAACGAGUUGACAACCAAAGACCUCGGACUUCAGUUCAAAAUACAUGCCCUGACUGCUUUGCGGAUUUUAAGCCGGGAUAAAGAUGGUCUGGGAUCACUUACAUCUGAAAAGUCAACCUUUGUUCUGUUGUCACUUGCAGAACUUAUACCUGAAGAAUCUAAACCGACUGAAAGUUGCUCGAACGAAGGCGACGCAAGGACGAAAAAUGAAAAAAGUAGAGAUGGCGGUUUGGAGAGAGUUGUUGCCGUUAGCGAUGUAGUAGUUGAAGCUCUUAAAUGUUUAUGUAAUGUAGUGUAUCACAGCUCAGCGGUCCGUCAGCACUGUUUUAAGAACAAAUGCAUCGAAGCAAUCAUCACAAGGGUGAAGAAAUGGUUCGACAACACUCGGUUAGAUACGGAUGUCAAGUAUUUUGACCUUAGAUUUCUGUUCCUACUAACGGCUCUUGAAAACACUGCGAGAGUAGAGGUUGUUGCUAACAAUGGUUUUUGUGUCCUGACUCAUGCCUUAGACAGCAGUAUUCCAGGAAAGGACCAGAGAAAAAUAUGCCAUGAAACCAAAGUCAGGGAUGGUUGUGGGCAGUUGACUGGAGCAAAACUUCAAGCAUUGACUGUCGUAGAGAGGGCCACAAUUGAAGAAAGUCCAAUAACCUACACUAUGACACAAGAUGAAGUGCGUCUCUCAGCUGAAAUCCUGAAAACGAUGUUUAACAUCACAAUAAACCUCCCUGACCCCAACAGUACAGACACACAUGAACACUGUGAGAGGAUUGUGUUCAUUGCACGGUCCAUGUUCGUACAUGUCAACCCUCUCCCUGACCACCCAGAAAACCUUCCUAACCAUGCUAUUAACAUUGUGAGCAAUAUGCCGUCUAACUGCCUUAAACAUCUCUUAUGGACAAUGCCAUCUAGUGUUUCUAGGAAGCUUGCUCAGGAUUUCGAGACAAAGCGUCCAUCCAAGCAAUUUAAGAUACAGUUUAAGAACUACAAUAUGUUAGCAAUUAGGGCCAUGUUAACAGUUCUUGAUGAUCGUGUAAAAGCCACCAGCCAACCACUACAGGAGAAUGUUGUCCCCAUUGUCAGUGCUUUUUGUCAGAUGGCUCGUGGAGACAACAUGAUCAGAAAGUAUCUGCGCCAGGAAGUAUUGCCUCCUCUUGGACGGGUGGGGACCACUCGCCCUGAAGAAGGACAUUUGAUAAGGAAUGAGCUAGUCAGGCUAAUGACGUCUCCACUGGAAGAUAUUAAGGAGCUUGUAGCAGACUUUUUGUUUGUUCUCUGUAAAGAGAAUGUGAAUCGUCUUAUCAAGUACACUGGAUAUGGGAAUGCUGCUGGGCUUCUGGCAUCACGUGGCCUCAUGGGAAAUGUUCAGCCUCAGAGCAAUGGAGAUUACUCUUCUGAUGACGAGGAUUCUGAGACUGAAGACUAUGCCAUGGACAAGUCACAGAUUGAUCCAAUCAUUGGAGCCAUUCCAAAAGAUGAUGGCAAACCUAAUCCAUUGGAUGAAAUGAGCGAGCAAGAAAAAGAAGAAGAAGCUGAGAAACUGGCCAAUCUGAUCCGUGACCUGAACAGGAAGGGCCUAAUCAAGACCGCUCAGGUGGGCCCUGAUGGGAGGCCUCAAGAGUUUCAAGGGGCGCAUCACAUGGGUGAACAGGCCUCAGAGCAGGAAAAUGAGCCUGCUGAGCAGGCAGAGUCAACAGCAAAUGGAAAAACAGAAGAUACUAAGCCAAUGGAUAGUGAAGGCAACUCAACAAGUUAAGAUUAUGUAGUUAAAAAA